GGGCACUGGUGGGUGGCACUGGUGGGCACAGGUGGGUGGCACUACUACUGGGCACAGGUAGGUGGCACUUCUGGGCACAGGUGGGCACACUGCUGGGCACAGGUGGGUGCAUUGCUGGGCACAGGUGGGCACACUGCUGGGCACAGGUGGGUGCAUUGCUGGGCACAGGUGGGCGGAACUUGUGUGUGGCAUUGCUGGGCACCGAUCAUCAGGGCACUGGUGAUCAGUGACCCUGAUGAUCGGUGCUGAUCCCCGCUCUGACAACUGCUGGUUUUCGGCAGUACUUUCCUCACGAUCUGACAGCGUGAGGAAAGUGCAGCUGAGAACCGGCAUUUGCAU